GCGGGCCCGGGGGCAGCGGCCGCCCGACAAGGGUGGGGGGUGGUCCCAGGGCCGUAGGGCCGGCGCCCCAGGGCAGGAACUCGCUGAGGGCCGAGGGCCCCCACGUGGGCAAUUACCGCCUGCUGAGGACCAUCGGCAAGAGCAACUUCGCCAAGGUCAAGCUGCGGCACGUCCUCACCGGCAGGGAGGUCGCCAUAAAAAUCAUCGACAAGACCCAGCUCAACCCCACGAGCCUCCAGAAGCUGUUUCGGGAGGUUCGGAUCAUGAAGGGGCUCAACCACCCCAAUAUCGUGAAGCUGUUUGAGGUGAUCGAGACCGAGAAGACCCUGUACCUGGUCAUGGAGCACGCGAGUGCAGGUGAGGUGUUUGAUUACCUGGUGUCCCACGGGAGGAUGAAGGAGAAGGAGGCCCGGGCCAAGUUCAGACAGAUCGUGUCGGCCGUCCAUUACUGCCACCAGAAGAACAUCGUGCACAGGGACCUCAAGGCCGAGAACCUGCUGCUGGACGCCGACGCCAACAUCAAGAUCGCGGAUUUCGGGUUCAGCAACGAGUUCUCGCGGGGGUCGAAGCUGGACACGUUCUGCGGGUCCCCCCCCUACGCCGCCCCCGAGCUCUUCCAGGGCAAGAAGUACGACGGGCCCGAGGUGGACAUCUGGAGCCUGGGGGUCAUCCUGUACACGCUGGUCAGCGGCUCCCUGCCCUUUGAUGGGCACAACCUCAAGGAGCUGCGGGAGCGGGUGCUGAGGGGGAAGUACCGGUACCGGGUGCCCUUUUACAUGUCCACGGACUGCGAGAACAUCCUGCGCCGCUUCCUGGUGCUCAACCCGGAGCGCUGCACCCUCGAGCAAAUCAUGAAGGACAAGUGGAUCAACAUCGGGUACGAGGGGGACGAGCUGACGCCCUACACGGAGCCCCAGGAGGACUUUGGGGACACCAAACGCAUCGAGGUGAUGGUGGGAAUGGGAUACACCCGGGAGGAGAUCAAGGAGGCCCUGAGCACCCACAAGUACAACGAGGUGACGGCCACCUACCUGCUGCUGGGACGGAGGGGAGAGCCCGAGGGUGGCAGUGGCCUGUCCCUGUCCCGGCCCCGGGGCUCGGCCGAGGCCCCCAACGGUGGCACCAAGGGCACGUCGGGGACGUCGGGGACGUCGGGGACGCACGGGAAGGGGCAGCGCGGGGGGGGCCACCACCGACAGCGGCGCCACAGCGACUUCU